CAAAGCUAUCAAUAGAAUAGUUUUAUUCAUAAAGUAUUAAUAUUAAAAAUUUGAAAUUGGGGGUAUUUCAAUAAAACUCAUUUGUGAAUAUUUUUACAAUUGCAAAUAACAUCAUUGAUUAGAUAAAUACUUGAUUCAAAUUUAGUUUUUAAAUUAAAUUUUGGAGGCUGAAGGAAAAUUCAAAAUGACGGAAUGCUUAGGAGAUUUACAAAGAUGAAGCAAAGAGAACAGAGUACAGAUCAUCCAACACAUUUAAUAUUUAUAAUUUUGAACAUAGAGUUGCUUAAUCAAAUACGAAAAAUUACUAAAAAAAAACUUGUAAUCUGAUUUGGUUAAGAACAAUCAUUCAUAAGAAUGGAAAUUUGCUCUAAAAUGAAAUAAGGUAAAAAAUACAAAAAAGCAUAUAUACUAGAAUAAUUAAAGAAAUUCAGCUAUAGAUAAAGUUAAGAAAGC